AUGGCAGAUGAUCAGCGAAAGCUCUUGGAGCAGCUCAUGGGCAAAGAGGCAUUGGACUCGUUCCAGGUCAAGAGAAAAGAGGUCGAGAUGACCAAUCCCCGGGUGUGCAAAGCGUUUCUUGUGGGCACCUGUCCGCACGACCUCUUUGCUGGCACAAAGCUAAAUAUUGGUAGGUGCCCGUCCUUGCACUUGGAAAAGCAUAAGCUCGAGUACGAGUAUCGUACGAAAAAGAAGAACGACAAAUUCCCCAGCUUUGAGCACGAGUAUUACAAGCUGCUUCAGAAGUAUAUCGAUGAGAUUGACUUCACCAUUGCCACUGCGCUCAAACGCUUGGAGCACACCCCGGAGGAAAAGGCCAAGAUCGCCGCCGUCACAAAAGACUUGGACGUUCUAGAUACAAAAAUCGGACUCAUGACUUCGGAAAUCCGAUAUUUGGCGGCCGAGGGCGAGACCCAGAAAGCCUUUGAGCAGAGUGCUCGUUUGGAGGAAGUCCUGAAGCAGCGAGACGCGCUAGCGGAUCAGGCCAGACUCAUUGCGGAAAACAUUGGGCAGUCUGCGCAGCAGAAGCUUCAGGUGUGCGAGGUGUGCGGAGCGUACCUCUCUCGGCUCGACAGUGACCGGAGAUUGGCUGACCACUUCAUCGGCAAAAUCCACUUGGGCUACGCGCAAAUGAGGGCGGAUUUUGACGAGUUGAAGAAACGCUAUGGCUAG